GACUUAUUUGAUUUUUGUGUGACCGUUACGCGCGCUUGGCGUUGAAAAAACAAAAAACCAAAACUGUUAAGAAUAAUAACAAUUAAAUUAAAAUAUACCACAUAAAGCCAAAAUGUCCGCAAAGCUUCCCGUCAUUUCCGUUACCACAAACGAGCAAUCUGAAUCAGAGUCCUCUGAAGAUUCCAAUAGUAACGAUAUGGAUUAUAAUUUUAACAAUGGCAAUGUCACAGACGUUGAAGAUUUGGACAGUCAGGUUGAUAUUAAGAAACUAUAUACUCAGAAGGCUUCCAGCCAUACACUACAUAUUCCCAAACUAAGUGAGCGUGAUGCCGACGCCACGGAUAUUGAAGAUUAUAAUGACACCGAUUCUGAUGAGGAUGAGAAGAGUAAUGUUUAUCCUGAGUUGAAAUUGUCGCUUCAGGAAUUUCUGCAGCAUGGUUUGCGUGAACAAAGCAUGAUCGAUAAUGAGGCUAAAGAAAAGGUGGAGAAUAAAGCUGGCGAUUUCUUGCAAGCGCAAAAUUUAAAUCAAACUAAUGAUUACCUAACGGACUGUGAAGAUUACAAUACUGACUCGGAAUUGGAGAAUGACUGUGAGAAGUCGGUAUGCGUCGAUCUGGAUACGGCUGUUGGUGAGCAGGGUAGAGUGUUUAUAGCUGAUCGCGCAUGUCCUAACAAUGAAAAUGAUAAUUCCGAUGAAUACGAAGACUUAUCCAUAUUAAGUGAUAUUAGUGAGCUGGCAUCAGCGCUAUCGGAUGCGGGUGGUGCUGGAGGUGGUGCGCGCGGCUUGUCCGAAGAUGAAGUGAUGGAGAUGUCGGGCGAUGAGGAAGAAUGUCAAAUUGCAAUAUCAGAGCCAGCAUCUGAAAAUGAGGAUGACGAAAAUAUAUACGAUAGUGCCAGUAAUGCGAGUUUACCGCCCAUUGAUGUUGCCUUCAUCAGCACAGGCAGCCAACAGCGUCGCAAGUCGACAACUAUGUCGGUCAAUAAGAAUGCAUUCCUAGCGGUGAGUAAUGCACAUAUCGAGGAAGUGCUUACAGAUGUUGAAAAACUUGAUGACUCUGCUGGUGAGGAUAGUUUUGAUAGUGAAGAAGAAGAGAAAUCCAUACCCAGAGCUGUUAUACUAUCCGCUAAAGGGGAAGAUGAUGAUGAUAUUACGGAUGUGGAGGAUAUUUUCUGUGACGAUAAUACCCAAUCCUCACACGAUCUCAACUCAGUUACUGAGGCCAUAUUGCCGCCAGCACACCGCGAAAUGGUGGUACUAAAAGAAGAUGACAAUGGCGAUACUAUUGAAAAUGUAAUGCCAUUAGACCGGGAUUUUCACUUUGGUGUCUACAAUACCGUCACAGAUGAUGUACAAACCGAAGAUGAGGACUACUCGUGUGCAGAUGAUUUGGAACGAAAUGGCUCGGUGGCAGAAUGUUUAAAUGCCGAAAAUUUAAUUGAAGACGAAGUCACUGUGUUAAAUGAAACUUUAAAGCCACAACUCAGUAAGCGUCUUGAGUUACACGCCAAUACCGAACCUGUGACAGAUGUUGAAGAAAUCUAUGUCGAUGGCACAAAUAGGCGUAAAAAGUUGAAGACACGCAGCAUGAGCAAAGGCAAAACAAAACUUUUAGAUGUGGUGGUUAGAGACAAAGAAGAUGGCGGCACUGAUAUUGAAGAAAUGGAGCUAAGCGACCGUGGAUUACCGCCAAAUCUCAAGCUGAAUGCGAAUGCAAAGCAACCAAAACAAGAGGACAGUAUUGACAAGGCUACCGACGUAGAAGAUAUCAGUGCCGAUGAAGUGUCCGAUAUGUCGGAUAAUGAAGGUCAAUGCGGCGCAGAUGUGGGUAGUAAAACUUUAAAAGAGUACAUCGUGAGCAAUAGCAAUAUAGUGUUAACAAUAGAAACGGAUGGUAAGAGAAAAUCUUGCCAAACUUUAACACUAGAAGGUCUAACUGCUGGUGAUGGCACCAAUCCACCAAAUACGGACGUUGAAGAUGUGCAAUGUCCAUCCGAUGCCGACGAUGUUGGCAGUGAUCACACGGCGGAUGAGACAGCAUGCACGGUCAACUGUAGCCAAUUGAACGAUCUGCUAAACGAAAGUUACACUGUGGUGCAUGAAAAGAACGUCAAUAGCUUUAAUGCCGAAGCUGAGAAAUUACAUAUCAAGGGCAAUAAUAUUGAAGCACGUGACGCGCAUACAGAUAUCGAGUAUGUGGAAUCCGACGAAUCGGCUGCCCGUGGAAGCAAUUAAGGGCAAUUUACUACAAAUGCCAAAAUAAAAUAAACAAUACAGAUACAAAACAAAAAAAAAAUGCAAUAGAAUAAAAAAUACCAAUUCCGUAAAAGAACAAAAUUUAAACCAUAGAAGAAAAAUUCGUUUUAGAUGAAGAUUCAUUCCGAAAUAUUGAGACAGGCUUUGAAUUCGCUAAAUCAUCUGAAACCACCCCAGUACCAACUAGUGUUUCGACGACGU